AUGCACCUGUCAGAUCCCACAGGGCUGCACGGCACCGAGGCUGCUGGCCACCCGCUGCCACCCCCACUUGACUCCUCUCCCCGCGCAGGCGGCCCCUUCGCGGCCAGGGCCUUGGCCCAGUUCCUCCGGCUGGUCUGGAGGCAGUGCCCCCUGACCCUCCUCCUGAGCGGGGUCACGCGCCCGGGGCCGCUUCUGAAGGUUCGGUGUCAAUCCUCGAAGGCCAAGGUCAGGGAGGCAGGCCGCGCUCGCGGGCACCCCCACGGCAGGCAGGGCCAGGGCAGCGGCCAGAAAGGCGGAAGGGGGCGGGGAGGUCUGCGGGCCCCUGCUUCCAAACUAAACCCUCACGGGCACCUGCCGGGGACCCGCUCCUCCCCGCGCGCCCAGUUGUCCUGCGAGUCCGCCCCUGGAUCUGGGAGUCGUCGCCCUCCUUCCUCACACCUGCAGGCAAUGUGCAAGGAGAAGCAGCUUUCCCUCCAUCUCCGCACAGAGAUCCCGAUUCACAAACCAAGACGCAAGCAGCAGGGGCCUGCUAAAGCCCCUCCCGGCUUCCCACCGAGCGGACCCUUUAUCCGGGGGCUCCCGGCCCCACCGACAGCAGCAGCGACGCCCACGCACCUCUGGGAAGCGAACGCGCGCGCUGCAAGCCGGACCCGAACCCUGGAGCAGCCCGGCGGCCGGGGGCGCAGGAGGCAGGUGCGGCAGCGCCCAGGCCCGCGGCGCCGCCAACCCGCACCUGCACCCGGGGCGGCUGCUCGCACCUGCGCCCCACCCCCACCCCCACCCCCACCCCCCGGCGGCAGAUGGCCCCGCGAGCGCCCCCCGGCCCGGCAGGCGCGACCCGGGGAAGGAGCCGGGUGGGAGUCGGCGCCCGAGGCCGGCGGGGCGGGCGCAGGGAGGUGGAGGAGCCCCGACCCCCCCCCCCCCCGGCCCUCCACCGCCCUGGGCGGGGCGCCCCUGGGCACUGGGUGGCCUGCCGCGCGGGCGAGGUCCCCGGGCGCGCACCUGCGUCCCCCCUCGCGGCCGGCAGCCGGGCCCGGGGCGCGCGGGCAGGGCGCGGGGUCGGGCUGCUCACCUGGCGCUGCUCCCUCGGCGCGGCGCGGGCGGCCCGAGCUCCGCCGGCUCCGGGACCGCGGGCUCCGGGGCGGCGGCGUCCCACGGCCCCGCGCAGCCAUUGCAGUGGCGCUGCAGCGCGUGGGGGCGCGCGUCACCGCGGGCAGGCGCCCCGAAACCAGGGCCCUCCCCUGCCACUCCCUCCGCCGGCACCGCGCGGGGCUCGGCGACAACCCCAGCACCCACCCCCGCGCCUCUUAUUUUCCUUUUUUCGCUAGUCUUGUUCUUUGA